CCUCAUUCACAAGAUGACGCCAUAACCUCCUUAGGAUAAAGGAAACAAAAAUUGGUCUGCCAUUUUUCAAUUCUCGAACUGUCCGUCUCUCGAGGUAUAUUUGUCGAGUCGAUUAUCGACAUGAUCGGGGAACUUGGAGCUACAAACGACUAAAAUGUUCCCUUGCCAGCUGUUUCUUGGGGUUUUCUUUAUAUUUAUUGAGACGAAAAAAUUUAUAUUCUACUCUCCUCAUCAGUAACUUCCGUUCUACUUAUCACUGAAUCGAGAAAUAGUGAUACCUCAAUGCUGAAAGGAUGACGAUACAUCUCUGUCUCUCGUAGUGAGAAUUCGUCCUAAGUGAAAGUGCAUUGGAGGAUUAAUCUUUUCAAUUGAUGACAACGAUGAAAAUUCUCAAAUUAAUUAAAUUAUAAAAUAAACGAUGGAGGUUCGGUACUUGCCAGAUAAUUUACAAGGUUCAUUAAACAAUGAAAUUCACAUGGUGAAACUUAUCAAUGAAGCUGAGAGCAAGAUACAAAUUGUCACGAAGUCUCCAACACGAAGGGAUGGAGAUGAUGACGCGGAAUUCGAGAGGACAACACACAUGGUGCAAGUGCCCAGGACUUCCCAUACAACGGGCAAAACGAGCCUUUCAACAGUCAAAAUGAAAAUUAAUGGAAUGAGCUGUCAGAGCUGUGUCAACAACAUUGAGAGAACAAUAGGUGCUCAACAAGGUGUGAAUAACAUUAAAGUACUUCUUGAUGACAAGACUGGCUAUGUAGAUUAUGAUUCAAGAGAAAUAUCUGCUAGUGAACUAAUAGAAGCGGUCAACGAGAUGGGUUUCGAGGCUUCCUUAGAUGAAUCAGAAUCAACAAACUCUCGAAAUGAGUUAAAUUGUUCCAUUCAUAUUGAUGGCAUGACAUGUCAGUCCUGUGUGAGAAGCAUCACUGACGUGAUUCUAGGAAAGCCGGGCAUCAUAGAGAUCAAUGUCUCCCUUGGUGAAAAAGAAGCAAAAAUGCGUUACAACGGUGAUGUAGUACCAGAUCAAAUAGCAUUUUAUAUUAAAGAGAUGGGGUUUGAUGCAUUUGUGAAAGAAAUCAAUGGCCAGCCCGUAUCUUCGGAAGCUGCAGUUCAAUUGACAAAUCCAACACUAGGAGAAACACCGGUAGUUCUAAGCAAUGGUCGAAUUUCUGAUGUGGGAAAAGUGAAGGAAGACAUUGUCAAGUGUUUUCUUCACAUAAAAGGUAUGACUUGCGCUUCCUGUGUGGCCGCUAUUGAGAAACACUGCAAGAAGAUAUACGGAGUUGAUAGUAUCCUCGUUGCCUUGAUGGCAGCAAAAGCAGAAGUGAAGUAUUAUCCAAGUAAAAUUCGACCACUUGAUAUUGCGUCAAGUAUUACAGAGCUUGGAUUUCCUACAACAGUAGUUGAUGAGCCCGGCACUGGUGAGGCUGAGGUAGAACUUCAAAUUUCAGGGAUGACUUGUGCAUCAUGUGUGAAUAAAAUUGAAUCAACAGUAUCAAAAAUACCUGGAGUCAAAUCAGCAGUUGUUGCCUUGUCAACACAACGUGGUAAAUUUCGUUAUGAUGCUGCUGAAACUGGUGUUCGUGAUAUAAUAGAAAAAAUUAAUAAAAUUGGCUUCACGGCUAGUUUAUUCAACAGCAAAGAGAAAGAUAACAGAGAUUAUCUUAAUCAACAAGAAGAAAUUCGGAAAUGGAGAUCAGCAUUUCAGAUAUCCUUGGUAUUCGGCGUACCUAGUAUGAUAAUCAUGACCUACUUCAUGUUGGUGAUGUCAAUUGAGAAGAAAAGCCACAGGGAUAUGUGUUGCAUUGUACCAGGUUUGUCGUGGGAGAAUUUGCUGCUUUUUAUUUUUUCUACGCCUGUUCAAUUUUUUGGUGGUUGGCAUUUCUACGUUCAAGCAUAUCGUGCUCUAAAGCAUGGUACAACCAACAUGGACGUUCUAAUUUGUAUGACGACAACGAUAUCCUAUGUUUAUUCUCUGUGUGUGCUCAUCGCGGCAAUGAUUAUGCAGGAACACAUGAGUCCUCCAACCUUUUUUGAUACUCCACCAAUGUUACUGGUAUUUAUCAGUCUCGGAAGAUGGCUAGAGCAUGUGGCGAAAGGAAAGACAUCUGAAGCACUAUCAAAAUUACUUUCUUUGAAUGCUGUUGAUGCUGUACUUGUUACUCUUGGUCCUAACAAUGAAAUUAUAUCGGAACGUGUGAUAGGUUUGGAUCUUGUACAACGCGGUGAUAUUCUAAAAGUGGUCCAGGGCUCAAAAGUUCCAGUGGAUGGUAGAGUUUUGUCGGGACAAUCAGCCUGUGACGAGAGUCUUAUAACUGGUGAAAGUAUGCCAGUAUCCAAAAAGCCGGGCUCUGUUGUUAUUGGUGGCUCUAUUAAUCAAAAUGGUCCACUUUUAAUAACUGCCACACACACUGGAGAACAUACAACAUUAGCACAAAUUGUUAGACUGGUCGAGGAGGCACAGACGAGCAAGGCACCAAUUCAACAAUUGGCGGACAGAGUUGCUGGUUAUUUUAUUCCACUCGUCAUAGCUGUCUCUGCCUUGACAUUAUUAGUAUGGACCAUUGUCGGAUACAUUAAUAUUAAACAUUUGCCAGGUGAAAAAGAUGAGACUGGUAGAAACCGCGAAGAGAUUAUUUUCCAAUAUGCAUUUAGAUGUGCUCUCUCCGUACUUGCCAUUGCCUGUCCAUGCGCUCUUGGUUUAGCCACACCAACUGCGGUUAUGGUCGGUACUGGCGUUGGUGCCCUCAAUGGUAUUUUAAUCAAAGGUGCUGAAUCACUUGAGAAUGCGCACAAAGUUAAGUGUAUUGUUUUUGACAAAACUGGAACCCUUACACAUGGUACACCAGUUGUAACUAGAAUUUGUAUGUUUGUCAAUGAGCAUGUUUGUUCACUUGGAAAAUUACUAGCCAUUGUUGGCACCGCCGAAGUGAAUAGUGAACAUCCAAUUGCCUCCGCAAUUGUGAAAUUUGUGAAAGAAACUAUUGGCAGUGAUGCAAGCGGACAGUGCAGUAAUUUUCAAGCGGUCCCUGGAUGCGGUCUCAAAUGUCGUGUUACACAUUUGGAUUCUGUGCUAGCUCUUGUGAAUAAAUCUGAUAUGAUAUUGAACUAUAGGAAUCAAGCUGGUCAUGCUACUGAAUCAGGGGCAUAUAUACUGAAUAACGUGCCAAUUGACGUUAUUUUAAUUGGUAAUGAAGAUUUUGACAAACAAAACUUACAGUACCAGCUGCUGUUGGAUCCAGAAGCAGCAGGAGAUCAAUCUAAUCAAGCUAUUUACGAUGUGUGCAUAGGGAAUCGUGAAUGGAUGACGAGAAAUGCUGUUGAUAUACCUCGGCAGGUGGAGGCUAAAAUGGUUGAACAAGAGGAGUUCGGAUGUACAGCUAUUCUUGUUGCAAUUAAUAGCGUUUUAAUAGCAAAUAUCAAUGUUGCUGAUACUGUCAAAUCUGAGGCACAUCUGGCAGUAUAUACUUUAAAAAGAAUGGGAUUGGAGGUAGUGUUGUUAACUGGAGAUAAUAAGAAAACUGCAUUUUGUGUUGCCAGACAAGUAGGCAUUAACAAAGUUUUUGCUGAAGUUUUACCGUCCCAUAAAGUUGCUAAAAUUCGUCGACUCCAGGAGCAAGGUUUUCGGGUUGCAAUGGUUGGCGAUGGUGUCAAUGACAGCCCAGCUUUAGCACAGGCAGACGUAGGAAUUGCUAUUGCCUCUGGAACUGAUGUUGCUGUGGAAGCUGCUGAUGUCGUUUUAAUGAAAAAUGAUCUGUUGGAUGUUGUGGGGUGCUUAGAUCUAUCAAGGAAGACUGUAUUCAGAAUACGACUCAAUUUCUUAUUUGCUAGUAUUUACAAUUUAUUUGGCAUUCCAAUAGCAGCUGGACUUUUCAGUCCUUUUGGUUUCUACCUAGAGCCAUGGAUGUCUUCUGCUGCAAUGGCGAUGAGUUCCGUUUCUGUAGUUGCCAGUUCAUUAAUGCUUAAAUUAUAUCGUAAGCCAACGAGGACAUUUUUAGAAACAUCGGAGUAUCUCGAAAGUCUGAGAGCACAUCAUACGGUGAUAAGUCCGCAUGUAGAUGCUGAAGAGUCGUCCAUCCUACCGUUGCGCACCCCCUCAACGUUGUCCAGGCUAUUUGGAAGGACAAAGGAAGAAGUUGAAGGACUCCUUCUCGGUGAAGAUACAACUGGGUUUACUGUCGAUUUUUCCAAGCAUAAAGUUGAAUCUACCAAUGAAAAUGUAUCAUAACGCACAAAUAUGAUCACUCAAAAUAAUGAGGAACUUUGUUUCAUUGUUUGCCAAAUUUAUGAAUCUAUACAUUUUUGUUCGUACUUAAUGCAUUUUCCAUUUAAAUAUAUAAGAAAUAAUAUUUAUCUGAUGUUGAUUAAUACUUCAUGAAGAGUAAGGAAGAUGAAUUAUUCUGUAAAUUUUGUAUUUAAUCUAGGUCGAUACAGAUUUUGUAUAUUAUAAAAUUAAUCGAAAUAAUUUCAUAUUCAUGUAUGUAAGUAAUGUAGAUAGGUAAAAGUCGAGAACAUGAAAUAAUUUGAUGACGUGGAAACGAAUAAAGAUUGUAAAUGGA